UUCUUUAUUUUUUCCUCACGUUGCCUAUUUCUCUGGCUGCACGUUGGCACUAAAAAUUUACAAAAUGAGUCUUGAAACGACUUUCUCAUCUGAAAAAAAAAUUACAGCACACGAAUUGCCUUCUUCUUCCCCUAAUUUUCACUGGUUUUUCCAUUAAUCAAUAUUCAAAGAGCACGUUUUGUUCAUCAGUUCAGGGAUCUUUCGCUGCACACGACAAAUUCAACGGGUUGACGUAUCUUGGGAGAGGAGCGCAUCAAGUUCUUAAUCUACCCAGUGCAGUUGGGGCGUUUUCUCUCUAAGGACAGCGCCUUGCGUGCUUCAACCCAGGCUACUCUGAACUCAUUCUCUUAUUAUUUUAAUUAUAGACUUAUUUGUCUGUUAUAUUGCAUUGUUUGCUUCCUACCUUGUCUGUUGUCUGCUGGUUUAUGUUCACCUCUGAUAUGUCCUUGUGUUUGCUGUAUUAAAACUUUCUAACAUUCUUAGAGAGAAAAAUUUAAUUCUGUCUACAUCUUCCGUGUUUUGUUCUGUUCAAAAUGUCUGCUAUGGAAAUGCUUAAGGCUAUGUCUAGCAAACCUGAAAAAUUCAGUGGCGAAAAUUUCUAUUGUUGGCAACAACAAAUGAAAUUUUGGCUUACUGAGUUGAGUCUGUUCUCUGUGAUUUCUGGCUCUAAAACUGGAAAACAAACAACAUCAUCAUCUAAAGAGGUUGUUGAAAUUGAUGGUACUAAAACCCCUGCUAGUACUAAAGAGGAUGCUAAAGAUGAUGCAACAGAUAAAGAUAUCUUGUGUCAUGGUCGUAUUUUGAGUGCAUUGUCUGAUAAUAUUUAUAAAAUAUUUUGUCAUACUAAAACUGCAGUUGAGUUAUGGGAAGCCCUUGAAAAGAAAUAUGGUUCAGCUGAGAAGGGUUUAAGUCGUUAUUCUUGUGAAAAAAUGAUUGAGUUUCAUAUGGUUGAUAAGAAGUCUGUGUCAGAUCAAAUCCAUGAGUUUGAAAAUAUUGUCUAUGACAUGAAACUGAAAGGAAUUGUUUUGCCUGAUGUCAUGCUUGUGACCUUCAUGAUUUCAAAAUUGCCUCCUUCUUGGUCUGAUUUCGCUAGAAGUUUGAAACAUAAGCCUGAAGGUUUUACUUUUGAUGAGUUGCUUAUCUGUCUGCGUAUUGAGGAAAAACAUCGUCUUUCUCAAAAGAAUUUGCAAACCUCGAAUUUUCAAGCUAAAGUCCAUAUGGUUGAAGGCUCUAGUAAAUCCUUUUCAAAGUCCUUUAAUAGGCAUGGGCCAAACAAAUAUAAAUCUUUCAAAAAAUCAGCUUUCUCUAAAAAUAAGGACAAUACUCCUAAUAACAACAAUAGGCCUAUGGCUAAAAUUCAAGGGAAUGAGACCUUUUGCUUUAUAUGUGGACGAGCGAAUCAUGUUGCUAAGAACUGUUUUCAACGUCGUCGUCAACCAAUGUCUACCCAUAAGCCUGAAGCCAAUGCUGUCUCCAUGGGUGCUACCUCCAAUUCCCUAUCUGACAGGAAUCAAGUACACGAACUGUGAGCAUGGGGAAUGGGAGUGUAGCACAUGUUGUUGGAGAAGGCCAAAUUAGUUUAGAGUUCUCUUCUGGAAAGAGUCUUGUUUUAAAUGGAGUUUAUCAUGUUUCUGAUUUUAGGAGGAAUUUAAUAAGUGUUUCCUUGUUAGUCAAACAAGGUUACAAAUUUGUACUUGAGUCAAAUAGAGCUGUUAUUUCUAGAUUUGGUGUUUUUAUUGGUAAAGGAUACACUUGUGAUGGUCUGUUUAAGUUGAA